AGCAAUGCUAUGCAGCACUUGAUGCUUUAGAGGGUUUCUGGCCAAAUUUUCUGCAACAGCAGCUCUGACGGACGUCACGAUGCUGUCUUGGAGUGUCAUCGUACUAACCUAGUCAUUUCAUUGGACGCCUGACGUUCCAGCGCACGGUCCCUGACAGCGAUGCAUCCUCGAUCUUCAGGAUAAAGCCACUAGGAAACUAUGGAAGAACCCAUUAAUGCAUGCGCAGAAGCUUGGCCUGAGGGCCAGGGAAGUCUGCAGAAACCAACCAUGGUAGAGCCUUUCAACACCCCAAAAGAAGCUUCCGCAGCUCCAGUGUCACCCACAAAGCUGAGGUCGCUUGUGCGCACUGCGUCUCAUGCAGCCAUCAACGUGUCAGCAGCCGCUAUCGGCACUCCAGUCAGCCUGAUGCUGUCAGCGGCCUCGCUGACAUCAGCGCCGGCCGAGCUUGUCCGCGCAGCCAGCAGCUAUGUGGGCGAGCCCAAGGCUCUGCUUGGGGCAGUGCUUGGCUGGGCCUCCUGGGCGCCAACUCCUGUGCGCGAAGUGAGGAAGAAGAAGAAUCUGAAGGGCGAGUCCAUCCGGCUGGAGGUCAAGCUGCUCAGUGGCGCUGACCUGGUCAUGGAGCUGCCCGCGGAGGCAACGCUGGCGGAGGCCCGGGAGCAGGUGGCGCGCUCUCUGGGGUUGCCGCUGCGGCGCCAGUUCUUUGUGGUGGCCGAGGAUCGCGCGCGCAGCGCGGGCCUGUCCAGCCUGGCGGGAUCAGUCACGCGCCACCUGGCGGCACCGCGCGACCUGCGCGGCACGCUCAUCUCCUGGGUCAACUUCAUCUUCCUGCCUGAGGCCGUCAACCGGGAGUUGUAUGGGCGGGGCCUGAUUGGCAGCCUGAAGGCGACCACAUGGUGGCAGCACCUGCAGGAGAAACAGAACAAGGCUGCCCAACAGAGCGCCCCCCUCAAGGACGGCGUCCGUGUGCAGGUGGAGACGCUGGCUGGGCAGGUGAUGGCAGUGGAGGUGGAUGCAGGCGCCAGCCUGGCAGCCAUGCGCGCGGGAAUCUACCAGGAAGUCGGCAUCGCCGCCAAGCAGCAGCGCCUAAUCAUCCUGGAGCGGACGGGCCCGGGCGCGCUGACUCACCUGACAAACACGAUGCUGCUGAACUCGCUGGCGGGGGCGCGAUCCAUAAUGAGCGCCGCUUCAUGGGCCUCCUGCACGCUCAUGAGCGCCCUGAAAGAGGACACUCGCUUCCCCAUCCAAGUCCGCACCAACUGCGGCGCCUCUGUCGCCCUUGCCGUGACGGGUGACACCACAAUGGAUCAGCUGCGCGAAAUGGUGGAGGCGCGCACCGGCGGCCGCAAAGGGGAUCCCCUGGGGACCCCCCGCUCGGCCACCUUUGCCGGCAGCGGUGGCGGCGAGGCCCCCCGCUCGCACCCCCUGGACACCUGCCAGGGAGUUCCGCCAAAGACAGAGCCGGAGCGCGCCGUGAUUUCGGUGUCGGCGGCAGCUGCCGAGAAGCUGCGGCCGACUAUCACUCUGGCGGAGAUCGGUCUUCCCGAGGCGAUGCCUCCGCGGCGGCCGAUCACGCAGCACAUUGUGCGCAUCGUGCACAUUUAGGAUUUAUAAUCAGGGGGAUUAGGUUAGGGUCAGGUCUGUGGCACUUGCGCUGGUAUUACUUCACAUUGUGAAGCUGGGACUUGGGUUUAGUAUUUGGAGACAGGGGUCCAGGAUAAUUUUUCCCCAGCUGCUGUUGUCUCAGAGAACUUUUCACAUUCAAUUUCAAGAUAAAAAAGGUCACUCUGUCAUGCUUUGGUGGUGGGGUUUGCUGUAUUCAUGGGUUGGGAAGGCGAGUGCAACCGUGCAUGGGUGCUCGCCCUGAAUGGACUAGAUUGCUAAAGGUGGAGUUUAGGUCACAUGUGUUUACUUCUGUCGAUUUCUGCGUGGUGUGCACAUGCCAAGACAAAGAAACACACGCACACAUGGCAUGGUGUCCCCUCUAGGGGUGGUGACUAAGGGGUUAUCUGAGUGCC